AUGAAGAAUCUUGGUGUCACGCUGGCCAGCAUUGCUGCCACCGCGACCGCGACCGCGACUUCCAGUCCGGCCUCUGCGUCUGCUCCAACUGGCUCUUCUUACGCCUCCGGAUUUGACAUGACCAAGAGCUGGGCCAACCUGAGCCCCUAUAGAGAUGCAGAUGGCUUCGGCCUUCCAAAGGGUGUACCCGAGGGAUGUGAACUGUCCCAGGUGCAUGUCUUGCAUCGUCAUGCUCAGCGUUUUCCGACCAGCUACCCAUUAGAUGGUGAAGGCAUGGAGGAUUUUGCAGCUAAGGUCACCAAUUAUAGCAAGGCUCACCCGGGAAAGACUGUUGGCACAGGCCCUCUCAAAUUCCUGAAAGACUGGGAAUACGUUCUUGGAGACGACCUUUUGAUGGAGAGUGGUGCAGCAACCGAGGCCACAUCUGGAGCCAAUUUUUGGAUUAACUAUGGUCGUCUGUUGUACCGCGCUGGUCGGGAGAACGUGGCUGGUUGGAGCUCAUCCUUGAAUGUGUACUCUAACGGUACCUCUCGACCAAAGCCAGUUUUUCGGACUACAUCUCAGGCGCGUAUCUUAGAGAGCGCUCGGUGGUGGCUCAGUGGCUUCUUUGGCAACAGCGGUGCCAACAGCUCUUACGGCCAAUAUGACCUCGUCAUUAUCCCUGAGGAAUCUGGUUUUAACAACACUUUGGCCUCCUAUGAAGCCUGCACAGGUGACAUGAGUGAAGGUGACGACUCUGCCGAAAUCUUCAUUGAGCGGUAUACCAAGGACGCUCGCUCUCGCCUCGCGUCCUACUUCCCUCGUGAUUUCAAUGUCACUGCUGCUGACGUGCUCGCUAUGCAGAACCUCUGUGCCUACGAGUACACCAGCCUUGGCGGCUCUUAUUUCUGCUCUCUUUUCACUGAGCAGGAGUGGAAGGACUUUGCAUACAACAUUGACAUUCAGUACUAUGGAGACUAUGCUUAUGGCUCCCCCUCCGGUCGUGCCCAAGGCAUAGGCUAUGUGCUGGAACUUGCCGCUCGCCUUCAGCAUAAGCUCAUCACUUCCAGCGAUACCAGCAUCAAUUACACUUACGACAACAAUAUUGCCCAAUUCCCCUUUGACCAGCCUUUCUACAUGGACAUGUCUCACGACGAUAUCAUUCUGUCCGUGGUGAACGCGCUUGGCCUUGAUUACUUCAAGUUUGGUCCUCAUGGCCUCCCGGCUAAUGUGGACCAUGCGCCCAAACGAAACUUUUCUUUGACCCAAAUGACUCCAUUCGGCGCCCGUCUCAUGUCUGAAAUUUGGACUUGUCCAAGCAAGACAUCUUUCAGCAACCUAGGUCCUGUCCUGUUGAAAAAUCCUACUGUCCAAUCCGGCAAGAAUACCACGAGCUACAUUCGCUUCGUUUUGAACAAUGCCCCUCUACCUCUCGAUGGUCUUGUUGGCUGUGAGAAUGCCAGCCAGGGCUUCUGCCCCGUUGAGAAGUUCCUAGGUGGUGUGCCUACAUUGAAGAAAAAUGCCGAAUACCAAAAAGCAUGCUUCGGUAACUACACUACCGGACACCAGGUCGCCAAUGGCGUUCCUGAUUCUUGA